CACACAUUGCUCUUCUGGUCGGUUUCUUUGGAACACCAGCUUCCUGAAUUUUCUCUGCGCAGUUUGCCCCCUUUCACACAACAAACACCACAAAAAUGGCUCCGGCCACGGACGAGUUCCCCUUGUUGGCGGACUACGGUCUCAUGUACACAAAUACCACUGGAGAUGGUAAGUCUCGAGCAGGACCCCGCGCAACCCCCUUCCCUGCCCCUCUUUUUCCGCGCAUGAGAAGUCAAUUGAGAAAUAGAACCACGUCGCUGACUGCUCGGUGUUAUUGCAGGAAAUUGUCUAUUCAACGCACUGUCAGAUCAAAUGUACGGCAACGAGUGCGCGAAUCGUACAAUCCGAGAGCGUACCGUCGACGAGAUGCGCGCCAAUCCAGCAGAAUAUAUGACACGUAUGACAGUUCACCCAGGAGGAGGCGUUCGUAGUAAUCCAAAGCGCAGUACCAAGCGAAAUAGUGCUGGCGCCCUCACAGAGCCCGCCGCGGAGGUUACGGCGGAAGAUACUGCGAAGAGUUGGUCGAAUUACCUGAAGAAUAUGUCAAAGUCUGGCGUGUACGGAGACAACCUAGAAGUUUUGGGCUUUACACAAGCGUAUAAGAAGGAUGUUGUUAUCUUUACGUCUUACAGUCACAUUCUCUACUUCCCAUACAAGGAGGACGGUGUUCGAAGAGAUACUUUGUUCCUUGCAUUACACGUAAGUAUUCUUUCUCAUGACCGUAUCUUACCAGUUACUGACGUGUCACUAGGACUAUGAACACUAUUCUACCGUCCGAAACAUUGCGGGUCCGUUCAAGGGUCCUGCUAACGUUGUCUUUGAUUGGGAGAAGUUCGCUCAGUUCAAGGCCGACGGCGAAAAAACAAAGUGGUCCACCUCAAGAUCACCUACCCCCCCGGACAAAUCUACCAUCGCUGCCACAAAUGAGAAGGUAGCAGAACUCAUGAAAACCCUUCCGUACUCCGAGGAAAAAGUACGCAAGGCUCUUGGGGCUUGCAGUGGUUGUAUUGCCCAGGCCGCAAGCAGACUCUUAGACGAGGAGGAGAAGGAGAAGGAUGAGGAUGAGGAGUAUAGUAGUUAUCCAGGCACAACAGGAAGUCUCACUCCGUCAGAUGGAACCGGAAGUGUCAAGCGUGAUCAUGACGAUGAAGACGACAGCGGUGUCAACGGUCCAAAUAAGCGUCGGAAGACCGAGACACCAUUAAAACCAACCAUCAAACUCAAGGUCGAGCCGGUCUCCGAGGACAGAAAACCCGCCGGCGUCAAAUCAACAUCUAUCGCUGGCAGUGACAAAGUUCUCGCUCCCAAGACCGAGCCUAAGCGUAAGCGAAACGCGUCAGAGGGGGAUAUCGAGGUUCCUGGUUCAAAUAAGCGACACAAGAGCCGAAUUUUUCUGAAAUCAAUCCCGAAAAACAAAGCCGAGCCACAUUCUGAUACUGAGUAUGUGCCUCUCAAGAAGAAGAAGGCUUUCCAACGUGGCGCAACCUCCUCCAAGUCUACUCCGGCACCUUCGCGUGCCAAUUCUAUGGCACCAUACCAGUCAAUUAAGAUCAAGCUUAACGUCAAGAGGGAGGAGCCCAAACUAUCACCGGCAACUCCCAGUACUUCACCAGCAUCUUCUCUCCCAUCACCACCACCUUCAUUCGAGGAUGUAAAGGAUAACAAUGACGAGGGAAAGGAGAAGAAGAGAAGAAGACUUGUCUCUGCCAGAGAAUUUAAGAGGCUCCACCAUGAAUAGGUGUCCUCACGGACCACAUAGCCACCAACCUUCCACCCGCCACCCCCCUUCACCUCUACCACCCUCCCAAUUCUGUACCAAUAUUUACGACUGUACCAACGACUUUUCUUUACCAUUGCAUCGGCGAAGGCGCAUUUGGAUGUCACGCAUUUUUGUUUUCGUCAUACUUGGAAACACCGAAGGGCUCGGGUUUCCGAUAAGGGGAUAAACAUUUGACGAUGGAGUUCUGCAUAUUUGUUUUUGUUUUUGUCUUUUUUGUAUGCGGUCAGAUGAUAAAGAUGCACGAAGAUUCAUGAAGGAUAAUAUCAUCACGGAGAGAGAAUGUAAUUACUAGGAAUACCCUGGUUGGGUUGUUCUUUGGGUUUUUUCUUGUUAAUAGUUGUAUAUAGAAGAAUAAAAUGGGCAUUUGUACAUUGAAAAAUGA